AUGGUGGUAAUUUACUCGGAGAUGCAGAAUCAGUCAGCACCGAGGCUUCCUGAUAACUACUGGGUUGACUACAAUACAGUUGAAUAUGAAUGGCCUAUAGUUCUACCUCCAGGGCAUACAUUCGUGGUAACCAGCAAUUUGAUGCAAAUGCUUACAACACGAGGGUUGUUUUCUGGUCUAGCUUCGGAAGAUCUGCAUGCUCACAUGGCUAAAUGGAAAAUUGUCUGUAAGAGUUAUAUGGGGCGACCGAAAUUGGAUAUGGAUUUUAUAGGGUUGAGAGUCUUCCCUAUGUCAUUGACUAGAGAUGUUGUAGUGUGGUUUUCAGAGCAUAUAUUUAAUUCGAUUCAAACAUGGGACCAAUUGCACAAGGUUUUCAUAGCGAAGUAUUUUCCGGUGUCUAAGAAGCUAAAUCGCAAGGAUAAAUUAAACAAUUUUGUAGCACUACCUGGAGAGUCUGUAAGCAGUUCAUGGGAUAGGCUCAGUGCAUUCAUAAGAAGUGUUCUAAAUCACCGCAUAGAUGAUGAGUCAUUGAAGGAGUACUUCUACAGAGGUCAGGAUGACAAUGCGAAGGUUGUGCUUGAUACUAUUGCGGGAGGAUCAUAUGUCCAAACUGCACCUAGUCAGUUUAAUGAUGAUAUGAGUGAAGAUAUUGCUCAAAUAAGAACAGAACUGGGCUUGGUAUUGAAGCAUGUGAGUGAAAGUGCAGAAAAGGUAAAUAUAGUAAACUAUUUAACAAGAACUCCACCACCACCAGUUGAGGAAUGUUACUAUGGGGAGGAUACAUAUUUGGUUAAUUAUCAGACGGGGAGUUUCCAAACCAACACCCAAGGAAACUAUGUUCGGGAUGGGAACUUCAAUCGUGAUAACAACUACAAUAGAAACAACUAUGGCAAUAGGAACGAUCGAGUUGGGCCAUAUGUUCCACCUGGUAAAGAAUCUGGUAAUAGAGAGGAUGGUAGUAGUAUGACUCGCAUUGAGGAUACGAUGCAGAAGAUGAUGAAGAGGUUUGAUGCGACUGAUGAAAAUGUGAAAGAGAUGCGAACUGAGUUGUUCGGGAUUGGUCAAAAAGUUGAUGCUUAUGCAGUGUCGAUCAAGCAACUUGAGCAGCAGUUUAGUCAGUUGUCCGCUACUGUGAAUCCACGCCAACCUGGCACACUUCCUAUCAACACCGUCCAAAAUCCAUAA